AUGUCUUUGAGAAAAUCGAUGCAGGAGCUGAUGAAAGAGGCUGAUGAGAUUAUCCAUAAGCAGAAUGUUAUGGAUGGUGUGGCAAAUGGUAGCGAUCCGGAACCUUCUUGUUCUUCUCUAGCAAAGUGGAGACUGCCACCAAUUCCUAGUCCUCCAGCUAAGCAAGCAUCGCUCUCGAAAUUGACAAGCCUUUCAAGAACACACAUGGACCAUUCUCCAGUUAAAGAAGAGAUCAAGUCAACAAAAGGAUCCGAAUACUUGAAUCCUGAACCACCCGCAAAUUUCCAAAAGCAACUUCCAUCUGCGAAAAUUCAAAAGGAAGAGGAGAAGCUGCCGAAGCUAAAAGAUUCCGGACUUCAAUAA